CCGAAUAUAUCUGCGGAGGUGGCAGAAUCUGGACACGCGCCUGGUUCGUCGUUUCCCCCAAGCUCUUCGGAGCAAUUGACACCCUAAUUUUUCGCCUGAUAGAUAAUCAACCUAAAUUCCUCCUCCUAGGGCAACGACUAUAAUUAACUACUACUCUUCCUUAAAAUUGAUACGAUAAGCAAUCAAAUUCCAACCAGCCCACCCCUCAAUUUUUCUCUCCGGUUAUCUGUUGUGAUAAAUUUAUUGAUAAUUGGUUUAGCAGAAAUGGAGAUUGACGAGAUAUUGGGGGAACCCAAACGGGCGAGCAUCCGGACGAAGAGCGUGAUAUACUCGUGGGGCUACAAUCACUCGGGUCAAACGGGUCGUAGGGGUAAAGAUGGUAAUUUGCGUAUCCCGAGGCAGCUGCCGACCGACCUCUUCGGUUGUCCCGCCGCCGGCGGGAACUUGCGGUGGCUUGAUAUAGCUUGCGGGCGCGAACACACCGCUGCCGUCGCCUCCGAUGGCUCGCUCUUCACAUGGGGGGCAAAUGAAUAUGGGCAGCUUGGUGAUGGUACUGAGAGGGGCAAAAAAUACCCGAAGAAAGUGAAGCGGUUACAGUCCGAAUUCGUGAUCUCUGUUUCUUGUGGGGCCCACUGCACUGCAGCCAUUGCAGAAUCCCGUGAGAACGAUGGAUCGAUAUCGACGAGGAGAUUAUGGGUUUGGGGGCAGAAUCAGGGUUCUAAUUAUCCGCGCUUAUAUUGGGGAGCAUUCACCGAGAACACGGUCGUUCGGCAAGUCUCGUGUGGGGCCGUUCAUGUAGUUGCUCUGUCAGAAGACGGUUUGCUACAAGCAUGGGGCUAUAACGAGUAUGGCCAGCUCGGCAGAGGUAUUACCUGCGAAGGCCUUCAGCGGGCCCGUCUUAUUAAAGGGUACGCUCGAUUCCUCGACGAAUCGCCCGAGCUCGUGAAAAUUAUCCAGGUGUCAUGCGGAGAGUACCACACUGCAGCUGUAUCGGAUGACGGCGAAGUCUAUACGUGGGGACUCGGGAGCUCCGGUCAACUCGGUCACUGUUCGCUUCAAUCGGGCGAUAAAGAGAUUUUGCCUAGGCGUGUGGUUGCUCUCGACGGUAUAGUUAUAAAAGAGGUGGCAUGUGGUGGUGUGCACACAUGUGCUUUGACUGAAAAAGGAGCUCUAUAUGGGUGGGGCGGAAGUCAGUCGGGGCAGUUGGGUCUGGGCCCACAAACUGGAUUCUUUUCUUGUAGAGCAAAUGGAUCCGGAUCCGACCCGAUGCUUCGGAAUAUACCCGUUUUGGUGAUUCCGAACGGUGUGCAGUUAGUUACCUGUGGUCAUUCUCACACACUAAUUUGCACCAAGGAAGGGAGAAUAUACGGGUGGGGUUAUAAUAGCUAUGGCCAGGCAGCUAACGAGAAGUCUACUUAUGCGUGGUAUCCUUCUCCGGUUGAUUGGUGUGUUGGGGAAGUAAGGAAGUUAGCUGCUGGAGGCGGCCAUUCGGCCGUACUAACGGAUGCUUACUCGUUGAAGGAGCUGUGUGAGUUUACAUUAGCGAAUAAUUUGAAUCUUUCGAAUGCGUCGGAAAUUGAGGAUGUUGCCUCGAGAACUGGAUCGGAUGCUUUGGCUCGGCUUUGUGAAAGAUUAAGGGAGCAUAUGAUCAACGGUGGGGAUCACAUCCACAGCUACAACGAGACUGAGUUUGGUGCUUGAAUUCAGCUUCGGCCAAGUUUCACCCAUUGUUUCGAUUUUCGUUUUCUUCUCGUCGCAAUUUAAAAAUAUUAAAGCAUUUGUUAGUCAAUUGUAGGAAAAUAAGUAUGUACUGUCUGUAAAUUAAACCUUGUACAAAUACCAGCCUGACAUUCUUAAUUCUGGUAAAUACUUAUGUACAAUACUAGCCUUGUAUAAAUUAAAUCAGCUCCCAGUAUUUUUUUUA